AUGAGAAUUAGUCAAGAUCAACCAGAAAUAACCCUGUAUCGCGGCUUCCCCGGCACAGGGAUCUACACAUGGUCUCCCUUCGUCACGAAACUGGAAGCCCGACUCCGGUUUGCAGGGCUAUCUUAUCGUACUGAAAGUGGGUCGAUUCGCGCCGCGCCACGGGGCAAAGUGCCUUAUGUUACUAUUAGCGAUACCAACGAUUCGGAGACAAAUCAGUCUCGGACAAUGUCUGAUUCGGGUCUCAUUAUACAAGAUUUUGUGAAAGAAGGGGUACUCCCUGAUCUAAAUGGGGAUUUGACUGUGCAGGAGAAAGUCCUUGACUCAGGGGUUAGGGCGUUGUUGGAAGACAAGCUGUAUUUCCUUCAGGGCUACGAAAAAUGGAUCGACAAUUACUAUUCCAUGCGUGCACACAUACUCGCCUCACUGCCAUAUCCCGUCCAGGUUAUCGUGGGGCAUCUCAUCUACCGGAAACAGUAUCAGGUAUUGCACGGGCAAGGGACAUUGCGAUAUUCAGAUGCGGAACGGACGAAAUUUAAAAGACAGAUAUGGGAGGAGAUUAAUGCAUUACUGGUUGAUUCUAGGCUGAACAGUGAUCGGAAGGGAGUAUUCUGGGUACUUGGAGGUCAGCGUCCGACUGAAGCUGAUGUUACGCUGUUUGGGUUUAUUGUUGGGGCAUUGAUCUGUACUGCAUGUCCUGAGACGCAAAGGAUCGUGAGAGGGUUGCCGGUCGUCGUGGAUGAGUUGUCGUCCCGAAUCCUCAUUGCUCCGGACACGAUAAGCUAUAAGCUCUAG